UUGUACUCAGGCUACGUGCCACUGCGGGCGUUAUGGAGACAAGAGAAGAAAACUUAACGGGCGAGGCGGAGCAAGUCUUGGCGCGAAGUCGAGCGCUCAGUAGCAGGGCGCUUACCUACUGCAAUCGAAUUGUUGGCGAGAGCGAUGCGCUCGCGACCGAGAUCAAGUCUCUGCUGCAGAAUAUCUCCACGGUGGAGAAGCAGGCAAAGGGCCUGAAGAACCGGGCUGAGGCGGAUGCGGUGCUAGCCACGGUUCAGGAGGCGCGGGAGGUGGUGACCGGCAUGGGCCCGGGCGGAGACCUUCGCAAGUUCUGCAAGCCGCGCAACCCCUGGCUGGUGUCCCUGCUUCUGGGCGACAAGAUCAACCUGGUGGCGCUGCGGCGUGACGUCAGCCAGGGCAUCCGCGAGGAGUACCACGCCUUCCGCGACAACGCCGCGCUCAUCAUGCUGCUGGGGCCGCUGAGCCUGGUGCUGGGCAUGAGCUGGGCGGACCGCCACCAGGGCGUGGCGCUGGGCACCGGCACACUCACGCCCUGGCUGCAGACGGGUGUGCAGCUGUACCUGGCCUGGCUGUCGUACUUCUACCUGGCCAUGGCGCUGCGGGAGAACGUGCUGUACGUCAACGGCAGCCGCAUCCGGGCCUGGUGGAUGCAGCACCACUACUGGUCGGCGGUGGCGUCACUGGGCAUGCUGGGACUGCCCAUCAACAGCCAGGCCGUGCACGUGUUCUUCCGCUCCUUCCUGGUGUGGAGCGUGUGCCAGGCCAUCGUCAUGUUCGUGCAGAACCGCUACCAGCGCCGCCGCAUGUACACGCGCAUCGCGCUGGGCCGCAACACUUCCAUGGACGUGGUGGCGGGCGAGAGCAGCGGCAGCAGCGGACAGCUGCUGCUGCUGUACCCCAUGCUGUACACGUUGCAGGUGGCACAGUUCGCCAUCGGAGCGGGCGUGGCGUGGCGCACCUACCAGGCCUGGCUCAGCCCCGAGGGAUGGCUGGAGAACGAGGCGCAGGGUUCGGACCUGCGCGGCAUGCGCGGCGUGUGCCUGGUGGGCGCCACAUUCGCCUACAUGGCCUAUCGCAAUUUCGUCACAACGCUGGUCACACAAAUGGAGAAAAGCGGCCGCGGCGGUCGCAGCCGCUCGUCAAAGGGCGGCAGCAGCUCCCGGCGGCCAGGUGGCAGCAGCAGUACCAGCAGCAGCGCGGCGCCGGCCGCCGCCGCUGCGGCAGGCGCGAAAGGCAAGGCUACUUGAAUUGGUGUGGUAAUGCUGCGGCUGUAGGCAGAAGUGGCGGGGCAGGCGAUGGCAGCCGGCGGUGGCAACCGGUGAUGAGGCGGUGCGGAGCACGCGCCGUACCCGUGCGUCAAACGCGAGGGAAUGUCUUGAGACGAGUGGCGGGCUUGUGUCUGGCCUGGAGGUGUGGUAUGCUGGGUGUGCCAGGGUGCUGCCACGCUUCCUGGCAGGUGCGCAGCAACGACUGGAGCGGUAGGCCGGUAGCUGCCGCGGAAGAGACAUGUUGCGUCGGGCGUUGCGGCUCACUUGGCAAGCAGGAGUAGAUUCGGCAGAUUGGCAGGUUUUGCCUGUCUGCUCACAGUCAGCUCGUGUGUGUCCGCUUGGCAUGACGAAGACAAUGGCGCAGGUUGUUGCAUGGCUGGAGUCUGUCCGAUAAGGGCUGGGUUGCUGAGAGCAUGUUGCCGUUAAUGCGCCAGCUGGGCACAUAUACAAGGAGGCUGAGACUCCUGAGAGUACGCACCAACACAUGGUGCAACGCACUGACGAAAUUGCAAGACUCCGUGU